AAAGUGAAACGCCGCUAUCUUUCGGUCUCGUUGCGAAUUUGUGGUGGUUUGUGCGGUUGAGAUUGCAUUUUUUUUUGCGGUUUUCUCGCCGACGUGCACUUUCUUUUUCAUUCUCGUAAAACUUUGCCAGUCAUUUUUGCAAACGUUCUGCAGAACAGGCUUAUCUGUGGUUCACAAUUUCCCGGUAAAGAUUAACAUUUUGGAAGCAUCCGUGUGUGGCGAUACUAGUCAAUCACUGCCUGCCGGGAUAACCGCAAAAAGUAGGUCGCGAAAAAUUUUGCAUGAACGUUUUGCGGCGGCUUUCAAUCUACUCCAAUUUAGCGGGUUCCGUUACCGAUCAAAUUCGUUCUACCGGACUGCAGCUUUCCACUUGGCGGUGGUGCUCAAAAGAAUUCCGUAAUCCGUUCCAGCAGCAGCCAGCCAAGUUCCGACGGUUAGCGAUGCCAGAGGCGCAAGAAUGCAAGUUUCAGUACCCGGAAGCGCGGCGGGACGAUUCCGUGGUCGAAGAACUGCACGGGAUUAAGAUAGCGGACCCGUACCGCUGGCUGGAGGACCCGGAUGCAGAGGAAACCCAGGCCUACGUAGAGAAGCAGAACCAAAUAUCGCAGCCCUUCCUGGAGAGCGGCGAGGAGUGGAAGAAACUCAACGGGAAGCUGACCAAACGCUGGAACUUCCCCAAGUACUCCUGCCCGUUCAAGCACGGCAAUCGGUACUUCUUCUUCAUGAACACCGGAUUGCAGAACCAGGACGUUCUGUACGUGCAGGAUGCCCUUGACGGUGAACCGAGGGUGUUUCUGGAUCCCAACAGCCUGUCCCAGGACGGAACGAUUGCCCUGGUCGGAUCCCGGUUCUCGGACGAUGGCAACCUGUUUGCGUACGGACUCAGCCAGAGCGGCUCGGACUGGACUAAGCUGAAGGUGCGGGACGUCAACACCGGGGAGGACUUCCCGGAAACGCUGGAACACACCAAAUUCGUGAACGCAUCGUGGACCAAAGACAACAAGGGUUUCUUCUACGCCCGGUACCCGGUGGUCGAGGGCAAAGCCGACGGUUCGGAAACGGCCGCCAACGAAAACCAAAAGCUGUACUACCACCGGGUGGGUGAGCUGCAGGAGAAGGAUGUCCUGAUUGCGGAGUUCCCCGAGGAACCUUCCUGGCGAUUAAUGCCAGAAGUUUCCGAUUGUGGAAAGUAUCUUAUGUUAUUCAUCAUGAAGGGUUGCAAAGAUAUGCUGCUGUACUUCAGCAAGCUUGGAAACUCUGAAGACAUCAAAGGGAAGGUGGACUUCGUGAAAGUUGUCACAGAAUUCGACAGCGACUAUGAUUACAUCACCAACGAGGGCAACCUGUUUUCGUUCCGUACUAACAAGGAAGCUCCUAACUAUCGGGUAGUGAACAUUGAUUUCGAUAAACCAGAGAUGGGAAACUGGACGACUUUGAUCAAGGAGCACGAGAAGAACGUGCUGGACUGGGCGAACUGCGUGAACAAAGAUCGUCUGAUUUUGGGCUACAUUGAUGAUGUCAAAUCGGUGCUCCAGGUGCACAGUCUACAGGACGGUAGUUUCGUAUCGAAGUUUCCGCUAGAAAUCGGUACCAUCAAUGGUUUCAGCGGCAAGAAGAAGUAUUCGGAAAUUUUCUACCACUUUGUGUCGUUCCUUACCCCUGGUAUUAUUUACCAUUAUGAUUUCGCCAAGGAAGGCACCGAAUCUAAAAUUUUCCGCCAGGUUAAAAUCGAAGAUUUUGAUGAUAGUCUCUACAAGGUGGAGCAAGUAUUCUACAAAAGUAAAGAUGGGGAACGAGUGCCGAUGUUUAUUGUACAGAAAAAGUCUGACAAGCAAGAGGAGAAACCGUGCCUUUUGUAUGGUUAUGGUGGAUUCAAUAUCUGCAUACAACCAUCCUUCAGCAUCACAGGUCUGGUCUUUAUAGAUUCAUUCGAUGGUAUACUAGCUUAUCCCAAUAUUCGUGGAGGAGGAGAGUACGGCGAACGAUGGCACAAUGCUGGCAGGUUGCUAAAGAAGCAGAACGUGUUUGAUGACUUCCAGCACGCCGCACAGUUUUUGACGGAGAACGGCUAUACCCGUCAUAAUCAGAUUGUUAUCCAGGGUGGUUCCAAUGGAGGUCUUCUGGUUGGAGCAUGCAUUAACCAGCGGCCGGAUUUGUUCGGUGCAGCCGUUGCUCAAGUAGGUGUCAUGGAUAUGCUGCGCUUCCACAAAUUCACCAUCGGUCGGGCAUGGGUAUCGGACUACGGUGACGUCGAGGAGAAGGACCACUUCGAGAAUUUGUACCGAUAUUCUCCACUGCACAAUGUGCACACCCCGAAAUCCGAGAAGGAACAGUACCCGUCCACCCUGGUCCUAACGGCCGACCACGACGAUCGAGUUAGCCCGCUUCACUCGCUCAAAUUUGUGGCAGCCCUGCAUCACGCCGUACAGGACUCGGAACAUCAGCGAAAUCCGUUGCUGUUGCGCGUCUACAGCAAGGCCGGGCACGGAAUGGGCAAACCGACGGCCAAAAAGAUCGAAGAGGCAACCGACAUUCUGACUUUCAUGUUUAAAACGUUGAAGCUUAAGCUGACCUUCUGAGCGCGCAGGUCUGCUGAGGUCAGAAGAUAAUCGUAACAUACACAUAAACACACACACCGGAUGGCCAUCUUCUUUAUUGUUUUCGCAGCCAUAAGUUAUACUGUAAAAUGGUUUGCAUUCUUAUAUAGUCGAUGUAGUAUUACUACAGAAUAUGCAACUUAAGUGAAUGAUAAAUUAAUUUGAAGUCUAAGAUUUUGCAUUGCAUGAAAAAAACUAAACAAAAAUUAAAUUAAUCUUUUUAUUGCA